AUAUCAACCAAGCAUAUUUCAACUUGGCUUUAAAAACAACAGCUUAGCAUGGAUAGUUCGUGGGGGUCAUUGAUUUCCCUAGAACCACUGGGGGUGACCAACACGCCAUUUGACUUGCCUGGACUUGAUUCGUGUCCUUCGCCAAAAAGAGCCAGGAUGAAUGAAUCCCAGCUUGGGGAAGCCAUUAUCACUGAACAAGCUAGUGUCUAUGAGGAAAAGCACAUUUCCAUUCCCUACAAGAGAAGCUCCAACCGUACCAGCCUGGCACAGUGGUAGUCCAGCCACCCAAACGACUGCCUCCCGAGGCGAAAAACGAUCGCCUGAUGUUCAUUCCCGACCUGGACCAGGCCAUUACCCAUCGGGAUGUGUUCACCUAUUUCAGCAAUUUCGGGGAUUUGGAGAGGGUCACCGUGAGGAACGGCACGGGUAACAUAAACUACGCCAUGGUGCUGUUUGGUCGCACUUCUUACAUGGAGCAUGCCAUCGAAUCGAGUCCACAUCUGAUCAAGGGACAACUAUUGAACUGUCGCAAGGCGAAAGAAAAAAGUACACUUAAGGGAAGUCGUCAAAACUCUGGGUCCCUUAAUAAACCAAAGGUCACGAUUUCGCAGACACUCAAAGCUCCUGUAUGGCAGCCAGAGAAAGAUUUAGAGAAGAAUUGCAAGCCACCAACUAACAGAUCGUUGCUUCUUCAAAAACUGGUAGAACCCACGGCUUAUAGCCCAUUUACCGCCAGAAAUUCUGAUCGAAACUAUGCCUAUGCAUUAACCAAAGACAAUGGAAUCACCCGCUGGAGCUUCAACUUGUUGGAAUUCGAACCCAGUUCAGACGAGGUGAGGGCACUGGAGAAGGGUCUUUCCAGUUCGGCAAAGCUUCUACUAAGCAUCCGAAAGAAAGUGGAUGCCGUACCCUACAUGUCUGCCGAGCCACCCGCUCCAAAGUGGCCUCAAACUCCUAGUAAAUCUGUUCCAAAAGUUACUUUUAAGAUAUCUUCACCACCCCCUGCCUCUAGUCCAGUGCUCCCAUCCUUGCCACAAACUCCUAGUGAUAAAGCCGUUCCAAAAGAUAUUUUUAAGAUACCUCCACCCGACUCUAGCCCAGUGCUCCCAUCCGUGCCGAGUCCUCUGCCGAUCACUCCCCUAGUGCCUAAGCCCAAACCUGUUCUUCGAAAAGUUUCCAAGUCAGAUCUCCGCUACGCCGUACUAUCCAGUUUGGGUCAGAACUACGUCCAUCACUGCUACACUAAUGUGGCAGCUUAUCGGAGGACCAAGAACUAUGUCGACCUACAGCUCAGCGAGAUGCAAGACCGACCCAGCAUUUCGAAGUUUUUGGAUCAGAUGUACGCACAGAAAAAGUAGGACUUACCAAAUGCAAAUCAUGUCAUAUAUAUAUAUCAUAUUUCAUAUAAUAUAAUAUUAGCUAAGCAACAUUUCCCAAGAAACAUCAAAGAACAGUUUCAUUAAAAGGAAAUGGCAUACAUUACAUAAGUUGGACACUUUUUAAAUUGAGGAAAGCCGAAGGAUGUGACUUAGAUUCCUGGAAGAUAUGAAAGGAGCUGCUUGAAUGAAACGUGAACGUAUUACACAAAAAGUUAAUUCCAAUUCAAAGGCACUUGAAUCGCAGCAACCUGUCAACAUAAUUAAUCCCCUGGAUCAGCUGAUGGCGGUACUGCCCCGGCCCGAAUGAUCCACAAAAUAUGAACAAUUCAUAAGGGGCGCGGGAAUGCGAUAAAUGCGAUGAAAUAGGGGGCCUUGAUUUCUGUAGCGGCCUCUGUUCUGCCCGACAUUCCCAAGGAUGUGCCUCCAAAAACCUGGCUUUCUUCUUGCUGGGCCGUGUUAAUUGUCCAACAUUGUGAGAUCGUGGACGUGAACAGGUCGGGUGCCAUUAACAAUCUUAACAACGAUCCACAGCCACAGCCACGGCGAUCCCACGGCUUGUCGCCUUGUUUCUCGAGCGGUUUUUUAUGCCAUUUACGGAGAAAUCUUGCAACAAAUCAGGAGCUCCCUUUUCCAAACACUACUUGUCUUCCUUUUUGGCCGGCCAUCUCUGUGAACCUGUGACGACGCAAUUCUUUGCCAUUAUCAGCUGCAUCCUUGCAGGUCCUGCACUAGUUGCCCGCUCCCAAAUCCGAUUCAAUUUGGCUUUUAUUGGGAUCUCGGGCAUCCCGCUCCGAUGCGAUCCUAAUUGCGGUGGCAAUAGCUCGGCGGUUAAUCGCUACGUACCUGCGGCCUAGACAGUCAAACCCGGCAGUCACUCAUCGCGGCGGAGGCGGAUAUGUAGGAGAGCUACACGUAUAAAUGGGUAUAUGGUCCUGCAAAUGGAUCGACCUCGAUGAUUUUCACCAGCCAAAUUGCGGCUUUGUGUUGCCUUUUCCCAUUUGCCGGUGGAUACAUUUGGACUGGAUCGUUAUCUGGUUCUCUUUGUGCUUUCAAGGUUUAUGGUCUAGCACACAAAUAUUUCCUGUGAGAACAAAUCCCAGUCCUGAUGACCCCCGUAAACAAACCCGAUGAACAUGGAACAUCCCGACUAACAGCAACAACAUCGGUGUAUUCCACUAAGUAUUCGAAUUCCCCUUCCAAUUUUUGUGGGGCGAUCGUGUACUCGCGGGCUGAAAAAUCUACAUAAUGACAGGGCCACGCCGAAAACUAGUUCAGAUCGCAAAUUACGAACCGGUAAGGGAUGGGAUGAGAUAUCCAUACAUGCGUGUGUUGCAGUUCCCAUUCAGGACACUCGGGACAGGACAUCGAGCGCAACGGGAGACGCGGCAGUUGAGGUUCGGCAAAGGUCAUGUCAGGACUUUGCAUAAAAUAUUUGAAAAUGUUUUCAUUAUGGUAAGUAGACACAAAAGUCCAACACACGAGCGAUUCCCACCGAAAGGGGUGUCCUUUCCCAGCCCAUCCUGCGCCCAGGAUCCUGGCAUAUAUUGGUGAUAAAUUAGUUUAAUGUUCGAAGCACCAAACUCGCAAGAAGCACCAAAAAAAAACCACUCAACCGCAGCUGAGGCGGCAAAGCUUGGCAGGAAAAUCCGUCCUACCGUUUUUGGCGGCAUUUUCCCGACAUGUACGUGUCCACCGAAAUGAACUCGAGUCCUGGUAACUAAUGAACUGCGCAAACAAUAGCUCAAUGGCUACGCUUUGAGGAAAAAACAACAUAAAAAUCACGUCUUGGAAAUUUUCACAUCGCUGAUCUUAAAUGGAAAAGUACACUUCUCUAGCUGGACAGUGCAGGACAAACAGGAUCGAGCAGCGAUCAGGACAUGACACAAUUGCAGUUCGCAGGACAAUUGUCACGCACGUGCAAUGUGUUCCUGCAACUCGGUGUCUCUGGAUUUCGAAGUCGAGUGCGCAGAGCCACGCCCAUUGUGUCGCAGUGCCCGACUAUAUAGUACAGUGCGUUUCGUGAAUGAAGCGACCAGAGUUACGAGUUACUUUGAAUAGCGGCGGCGGUGGCAAGUGGAUCAGAUCCUGCGACAAUGGCCUUUGUGUCCUUUGUGUUCCGCCUUGUUGGGGGUGUGCGGUGUUGUUGCAAUUUUAGUGUAAUUUUAUUGUUAUUAAUUGUAUGAAAUGGGUUUUUAAAUGGCCUUUGUCUAGGCGAUUGAAUGGCCAUAGUCAUAGUAAAAACGUGUCUUGUUAAAUGCAUGUAAUAUCGUAGGUUUUUUUAGCGGGACAAAUAAAUCUAGUAAUUGUAACAAUACUAUUGUUUCUGCACAGUUCUCAGCAGUUUAGAACUUCAAACUUCUAAAUAAAAAGGAAUGACUUUGUGUUAUAACAACUAGCUGUUAUCAAAGCGGAGUGAUAAGUUUUUAAAGUAAAUAAAUAAAUAAACUCAAGGCUAUUGAGAUCAUUGCCAAAGAAAAUAUAUAAUCACCGGCAAUAUGAUGACUUCAAAAAUGCUCUAAGAAAAGCAUUGUAAGGACCGUCCUCUAAAAUAAUAGUGGAUAUAUGAACAAAUUGUAAGGACUGCUCUUAGGAAAAACAGCAGUACUCCUUAGAAAUAUGAGCUGAAGUGUUCAGAAUUCAAGUAUCCUAAGGUCAAGCCUUGAAAACCACAAGAUACCUUCGAGUAGCACUUUCAAGUCGCCUCUCAAAUUAAACAGAAGUUACUUUCCAUAAAGGAUUCCUCUGCUCCUUUCACCUUUACCCCCUUGGAUGCCAUUCUUUCGU